AUGGCUGCCCGCUCCCUCCAAAGUAGGCCGGGGCCCUCCACGUUGUGGGGCCAAUUCAUGGCUGCUGAUGUCACUCACACGUUUCACAUGCUUUUUGCUGAGAAGCUGUCUACCGUGUCUGACCGACGGGAGUUUUCCACGCGACUGACAGCCCUCAUGCGGCAGUGGCGGGCAGAACACUGGCGUGACAUCUUCAUUGGCGCCGCUGCGAAGCGAGGCGGGGGAAGUGACGGAGAUCGAUGCGGCGGGAUGCGCAGGGCAGACGACAGGGAGGAGGACAGUGCUGCCGCGGCGGCGCGGCGGUGGGAGCGUGGAGUGGCGAUGUACUACGAGUCCAUCCGUGUGCAGCGGCUGAUGGACGAGGUGUUGUUUUUUCAGGUGUCGGAGGCGGAUGAAUUGGAAUUGGAUAAACUGAGUCGCCGUGAGUCGAGGCGACGGCGAGGAUUAGUUCGCGCCGUGGACGAGGUCUGGUGCGCCGGAAAGGCUGCGGCCGACUUCCUGCUUCCGGUCACGGAGCGGGAGGCGCCGCUGUACUACCGCCGGGUGCGUCGGCCCGUGUGCGUCGCCUCCAUCUAUUGCAGCGUGUGGGAGGGCGAGGUGGAGGACUACGCGGGGCUGAAGGUGCUCUUGACCCUCAUGCGCUCCAACUGCGAGCUUUACAACGGCGGCGGGAGUCCGCUAGUGGCGGCGUGUCAGGAGCUCGUCUCUGUUGGCUUCCGCGCGGCGCGGGAGGCGCAGGCCGAUGAGGAAGAGGAGGCUGCGGCGGCGAAUGGGUGCUCUAUCGGUGUUGCCGAGGGCGGGGACAGCUGCACACGAUUUCCGCCUCGCACGGAAGCGGAGCUGGCGUGGAUGUUCCCACCUCGACGAGAGGCGGACCAGCUGCCGGUAGACAGCGGCUGCAGCACCGCGGCGGCGGGACGCGGCGAAGGACACGACGCCGGUGAGACCAAGCGCGUGCUGCGGCUCAUUCGCCGGUCGGGCGCACAGGAGACAACAGCGCCCGCACACGUAGAGCCCCCCGCCGGCACGGCGACAACGCGGCGCUUGACGCUGCGGCGCGGGCCGGCUGCCACCCCCGAUGCCAAUGCCAAUGCCAAUGCCAAUGCCGAUGUCGCCGCUUCGUUCAAGAAGAAUAAGAAGGCGGCGAGGAAUGGCACCGCGGCGACACCGCGAAGGGGGCGAAAGAAGCUGCAGGCGGAGAAGGAGGUAACGUACUGGAUGUGCUGCGACCUGUGCGACAACUGGUGCAUUGUGCCGGAGAAGCCUGACCCCAUGCCGGAGCACUGGGACUGCUCCAUCAUCGGCCGGGAGUGCGCCCCGCCGAAGGCAAAGCAAAAGGGUGAUAAGCCGCUGCCAACAGGGCAGAAGAAGCGACCUGGUGAAAAGAAGACGCGCGGAGAGGCGGAAGUCCCCGAGCAGGUCAGAGCGGAACGAGGUCGAAGGAAUAGGAAAGGUGUGGCGGAGAAGCAGGCGGGGGAUGAGCCGACACUUCUACAAGAGCACGUUGCAAAGCUGAAGCACAAGAAUGUCUCGUGUGCAGCCGCACCGCGGAAGCGCCAUGCACUCCCAUCCCCUUCUUUUUCUUUCUCCUCCUCCUCUUCAUCGUCGUCAUCAUCAUCGGCCUCCUCUUCGUCGGGAUUAACCGGUAGCAGCAGCGGCAGCCCUGACACUCAACCGCGUCGCAGACGCGGACGCAAACCUGUUAGGGCGCUACAGCGGCAGCAGCAGCGUCGUGACCGAAAGCGCCCUCGUGCCACCAGAAGCUCAUCGUGGAACGAGGAAAGUAGCAGUGACGAUGACGACGGCACGCCACAGCCGUUGCGUGCAGUGAAGGCUGAAAAGCCCCCCUUGACGGUGGAGAAGCUCGUGGAACUUGAGGCGGCCAUGGGCGAGGUGGAGGUGAUGCCAGUCGACGACCAGAACCCCGUGGAAAUCCUUGCAAGACUUCGGAGCAUAGAGAAAUUGCUGCGGUGA